AUGUCGCCCGACAGCCCCCCGUCUACAUCCGCCCUCUGCCGCCUGCUUCGUGCCAGCCAAGAUGGCGGGCACGAGAGUGAGGGGGCCGGCGGGCGGCCCGUGGGCGAGCGGCGGUGGCGGUGGCGGUGGCGGUGGCGCGCGCGAUGGCGCGAGGCGGCGGUGGCGGGAGCGCGGCCGCAGGAGCGAUGGGGGCACUCCGCCGUGGCGUGGGAUGGCAAGCUGAUCGUGUUCGGGGUGAGUGGAGGCAUGCUGAUCGUGUUCGGGGUGAGUGGAGGCAAGCUGAUCGUGUUCGGGGUGAGUGGAGGCAUGCGGACGAGUGGAGGUGAAAAGCUCUGCUACAGUGGUGAGUCAGCCGGGACAACACGUGUUGCCACCGGUGCGUGCGUUGAGGGGUGUUUCGGCGCGCAGCACUUCUCCACCGUGCUCGCGCUGGACCUCACCACCCUCGCCUGGGCGCCCCUCUCCGCGCAAGGCGCCCUGCCGCCGCCCUCCGACUGCCACUCCGCGUCGCUGCUCUCCCGCGGCCGCAUGCUCGUCUUCGGCGGCACCGAUGGGCGCCGCCGCCUGGCGUGCACGCACGUGCUGCACCUGCCGUCCAAGCAGUGGCGCCGCGUGGGGGGAGGAGUGGCAGGGGAAAGGGAGAGGACGAGGGGGUGUGAGCAGGGUGAGAGUGUGAGUGAAGUGGGUGCGAUGGAGGAGGGAGCGGAAGGGAGUGAGGUGGAGGGAGGUGAGAGGGGGCGCCAGGGGGUUGGAGGGGAGAUGGAGAGUGGCGUGAGCUGCAUGGACGAGGCGAUGGUGCCAGGGCGGCAGGGGAGGAAAGGUGGGGAGGGGAGGCGGCGGCAGGUGGAGAGGCGGGGCAGUGACGGGUCGCACGUGUCGAGCAGCAGCGUGGCGAGGCACGGAGGCGAGGGCGAGGGGGGCGAGGGGCUGGUGUGGGCCACGAGGCAGGGCAGUGGCGAUGACGUGGACGUGCAUGGCAGCAGCCUGGGCGCUGGCGACCCUGCAGCAUGCUUCCGGGUGGGCCCUGUGCAGCCCGGCUCGUGGCAUGAGCACAGCACGCUUGCUGCUGCGCACCCCCCUGCCAGGGAGAGCCACGCAGCAGCGGUUGUGUGGCUGCCACGGCGAAAGAGGGUGGAGGAGGAAGCGGGAGGGCGUGCGGUGGAGUGGAGAGAGACUGUGCUGGUGUUCGGCGGCAGUGGGGAUGAGGAGGGCGGCGAGGGUGAGAAUGAGAGUGCGAGGGAGGAAGGCAUGGAGGGGUGGAGGCGGGAGGAGCAGAGAGACGGGGGAGGGGAGGGAGGCAGCAUGAGUGAGGGGGGCGGCAAGAGGCGGUACCUGAACGACCUGUGGGGGCUGGACGUGCCCUCCAUGACGUGGUGCCGCCUCCACGCGCCCCAUGCUCUGCCGCCUGCCAGCCGUGCGCCACAUGGCACGCCACGGGGCAUGGCACGUCACCCUCCCCCCUGUGCGCGCGACAGCCACAGCAUGGUGGUGAUGGGCGGGGCGCACGAGCAGCAGGUGGCGGUGGUGUUUGGCGGCGACUGUGGAGCGCGCUACCUCGCCGACCUGCACCUGCUGCACGUCCACGACCUCUCCUGGCACCACGUGCGUGCCCGCUGGGCGAGGGCUGUGAGGGGGUGGGCUGUGAGGGGGUGCGCUGUGAGGGGGUGGGCUGUGAGGGGGUGGGCUGUGAGGGGGUGGGCUGUGAGGGGGUGUGCUGUGAGGGGGUGGGCUGUGAGGGGGUGGGCUGUGAGGGGGUGUGCUGUGAGGGGGUGUGCUGUGAGGGGGUGGGCUGUGAGGGGGUGGGCUGUGAGGGGGUGUGCUGUGAGGGGGUGGGCUGUGAGGGGGUGUGCUGUGAGGGGGUGGGCUGUGAGGGGGUGUGCUGUGAGGGGGUGGGCUGUGAGGGGGUGGGCUGUGAGGGGGUGUGCUGUGAGGGGGUGGGCUGUGAGGGGGUGUGCUGUGAGGGGGUGGGCUGUGAGGGGGUGUGCUGUGAGGGGGUGGGCUGUGAGGGGGUGUGCUGUGAGGGGGUGGGCUGUGAGGGGGUGGGCUGUGAGGGGGUGUGCUGUGAGGGGGUGGGCUGUGAGGGGGGUGUGCUGUGAGGGGGUGGGCUGUGAGGGGGUGUGCUGUGAGGGGGUGGGCUGUGAGGGGGUGUGCUGUGAGGGGGUGGGCUGUGAGGGGGUGUGCUGUGAGGGGGUGGGCUGUGAGGGGGUGUGCUGUGAGGGGGUGGGCUGUGAGGGGGUGUGCUGUGAGGGGGUGGGCUGUGAGGGGGUGUGCUGUGAGGGGGUGUGCUGUGAGGGGGUGGGCUGUGAGGGGGUGGGCU